GGUUUCUAGGGCUCAUUGUUUAGGGUCCUCACAGAAGCUCGGCGCCAGUCUCUCACGAAGAAAAUACCGUCGAUAUAUAAUCAAAUACUGUUUGAAAUCAUUUUGUUAAUAAGCUUAGGAUCUUCGAACGUGGAACAAUGAAUUUAGAGCUGCUCGAAUCUUUCGGGCAGAACUAUCCAGAGGAGGCAGAUGGCACUCUGGACUGUAUCAGCAUGGCUCUUACCUGCACCUUUAAUCGUUGGGGAACCCUGCUGGCUGUUGGCUGCAAUGAUGGCCGCAUCGUCAUUUGGGACUUCCUAACACGUGGCAUUGCCAAAAUCAUCAGUGCACAUAUCCACCCUGUCUGCUCUUUAUGUUGGAGUCGAGAUGGCCACAAGCUUGUGAGUGCUUCCACAGACAACAUUGUCUCACAGUGGGAUGUCCUGACUGGAGAUUGUGACCAGAGGUUCCGCUUCCCUUCACCUAUAUUGAAAUUACAGUGUCACCCAAGAGAUAUGGACAAGGUCCUGGUGUGUCCAAUGAAGUCAGCCCCAGUCCUGCUCACGCUGUCAGACUCUAAACAUGUUGUCCUUCCUGUGGAUGAUGACUCAGACCUGAAUGUGGUGGCAGCCUUUGACAGAAGGGGCGAGUACAUCUAUACGGGCAACGCCAAAGGAAAGAUCCUAGUGCUAAACACAAAUACCCAGGAGUUGGUGGCUUCUUUCAGAGUGACCACUGGCACCAGCAACACCACUGCUAUCAAAUCCAUCGAAUUUGCACGGAAGGGCAGCUGCUUCCUCAUAAACACUGCAGACCGGAUCAUCAGAGUGUAUGACGGCAGGGAGAUACUGACGUGUGGCCGUGAUGGUGAGCCUGAACCCAUGCAAAAACUACAGGAUCUUGUCAACAGGACUCCAUGGAAGCGCUGCUGUUUCUCCGGUGAUGGAGAGUACAUUGUGGCUGGUUCAGCCAGGCAGCACGCACUUUACAUCUGGGAAAAGAGCAUUGGCAACCUGGUGAAGAUUCUACAUGGUACCAGAGGAGAGCUACUGCUUGAUGUUGCUUGGCAUCCUGUCCGCCCCAUCAUUGCCUCUAUCUCAAGUGGAGUGGUGUCCAUCUGGGCUCAGAACCAAGUGGAAAACUGGAGUGCUUUUGCUCCAGAUUUUAAAGAACUGGAUGAGAAUGUGGAGUAUGAGGAGCGAGAAUCUGAAUUUGACAUUGAGGAUGAAGACAAGAGUGAACCAGAGCAGACAGGUGCAGAUGCUGCAGAGGAUGAAGAGGUGGAUGUUACCACUGUUGACCCCAUAGUUGCUUUUUGCAGCAGUGAUGAGGAGCUGGAGGACUGUAAAGCACUGCUGUACCUGCCUAUUGCGCCAGAGGUUGAAGAUCCUGAGGAAAACCCCUUUGGUCCCCCACCGGAUGCCUCAGUCCAAGGUGCUGCCCCAGAGGAUGCGUUGGCUGGUGGUGACAAGAAGCAGCGGCAGACCUCAUCUGAGGGUGGCCCAGCUAAAAAGAAAGCCCGCACCACCACCAUCGAACUACAGGGGGUGCCCAGUGAUGAGGUGCACCCCCUGCUGGGUGUGAAGGGAGAUGGCAAGUCAAAGAAGAAGACAGCAGGUCGGCCAAAAGGCUCCAAAGGUAAAGACAAAGAUUUCCCCUUCAGGCCCAAGCCCUACAGGGGUGAACGGCUCUCCUUCCCAGUGGAGGCCCUGGGCAACUCUGGCUCAGGAGGAGGAGGAGCAGCAGGAGGGAUGAAGGGCAGGGCAGAGGGGGUCCUGGCCCCAGGGACUCUGUUAACACAGUCAUACAAACAACACGACAUUGGAGGGAUGGACUGAUCGCUUUAGUGUAGAGAAGCAAAGACACAACAAUCCUGAUGUCAUGUACAGACUGUUUGUGGCAGAACUGCCUGUUUGGUGUGCAGACUGUUUCCUACACAGUGUCACUGGAAACUGAUCGGGCCGUUUGAGGAACGGGAGCCGACGAGCUGAGCUGAAGAUGCGGCCAGUUCAUCACACCUUCUGUCCCUGUAGGAUUCACCAUGUAAAAAAAACAUGUCCUGGUAGUGUGUAUGUGUGUUUGUGUGUGUGUGUGUGUGUGUGUGUGUUUGCGUGUGUGUGCGCAUUGUCUAUUUCAUUGUUUUUAUACAUAUUAAAACAUCUCGAUUUACAAAUAAA